AUGAGUGAUACACCUAGAUCAAAAAAAUCAAAGGCAAUGGGAAAACAACCCGAUCUUCGACAAUUUAUGUUCAAGAAAAUGAAAUCUCAUGAUAAUUCAUGUUCUUCAACGCCACCGGUAGAUAGUGGUACUCCAUCAUCUAAUGCUAGUGCAUCUCCAUCUUAUGAUUCUCCUCAAAUUAACGAAAAUGAUAUGAAUUUGGGUGGUUCAAAUACGGAUAAUGUGCCAUUAGAGAAUGAAGAGUUGGUUUAUGAUGUUGAACUUCUUCCUCAUGACCCGGGAAAAAGAAUAAACAUAAUGGAUUAUCCUUCAAAUCAACGUAAUGCGAUUAGGAGGGCAUAUAUCCUUAAAAAACUUGUCAACCAAAAACUCAUAACUUUCCUCAAAGAGAUCUUGAAUGAUAUUGAAGUUAAUGUGGGAGGAGAUGCAUUUGUAGAGGGAGGAUUUAGGUCAUGGAAUAAAUCGGAAAGUGAGUAUGAAACUCGCUUGAGAGCUUCGGUUUCUUGUUUGUUUUAUCUAUUGCGGCAAGGGUUGGCAUUUCGUGGACAUAAAGAAGAUGAAGAAUCUCUUAAUAGGGGAAAUUUUAUUGAGCUUUUGAAAUGGUUAAAGUCACAUAAUGAAGUUGUUUCAAAGGUCAUUUUUGAAAAUGCUCCCGGAAAUUGUCAAUUAACAUCUCCCAUGAUUCAAAAAGAUAUCAUAAAUUGUUGUGCCAAAGAAACAACUAAGCGGAUUAUAGAGGAAAUUGGUGAUGAUUACUUUGCUAUCUUGGCCGAUGAAUCUAGUGAUGUAUCCCAAAAGGAACAAUUAGCUCUUUGUUUGCGUUAUGUUGAAAAGAAAACGGGAAAGGUAUUAGAGCGAUUUCUUGGACUUGUUCAUGUUGGGGAUACCACCACUUUGUCUCUUAGAAGUGUAAUUGUAUCUUUGCUUGUUGAUCAUUCAUUAAGUCCUUCUAAGAUUCGAGGGCAAGGUUAUGAUGGGGCUAGUAACAUGAAAGGUGAGAUUAAUGGCCUCAAGACUUUGAUUAUGGAUGAUACUCCAAAUGCAUACUAUGUUCAUUGUUUUGCUCAUCAACUUCAAUUAACUCUUGUUGCCGUUGCUAAAAAGAAUAAUGAGUGUCGUUGGCUUUUUGAUACACUUGGAACCUUGUUGAAUGUGGUUGGAAAUUCUUGUAAAAGAAGAGAAAUGAUUCGAGACAUCCAAGCUCAAAAUGUUGCUCGAUCCUUAGAAAUGGGUGAACUUGAAAGGGAUCGGGGUUAA